AUGGGCGGGAGAUCUAAGCGGAUGGGUCGCCAUCACUUGGCCGUGUACCUCGGGAGUCUCCGGGCGAAUCGCGGAAAGAGGCAACGGGUUCGUGGCGGUCGAAUGGACGGACCUCGUGGUGGUGGGGGUAUACAUCUCUCCCAACUGCGACAUCCGGGCGUUCGAGGACCUACUGGACGAGAUGGGAGAGUGCGUAAGGAGGCUUCUCCCCCGACAGGUGCUCGUACUGGGGGACUUCAACGCCCACUCCACGACGUGGGGCAACGACAGAACCACCACGAGAGGCAGAGAACUGGCGGACUGGGCCGCGGGUCUCGGUCUCGUGCUGGUCAACAGAGGCUCGGAGUCCACAUACGUGGGGCGGAGAGGAGCGUCGGUCAUAGAUCUGACGUGGGCGACGCAGAGGCUCCACCCCAGAAUAAGGAACUGGCGGGUGGCCGUAGAGAUGGAAACGCUAGCGGACCACCUCUACGUGCUAAUGGACAUCGAACCCGCCAAGAGAAGCACGAGCGGCGACAACAACAACAACGUCGAGGGAAGGACAUCGAGCCGCCCGGGGCUGCCCCCUCCUCGCCGAUGGAAACUGAAGGAGAGGGACGGGGACAUGCUUCGGGCAACGGCCACCGUAGCGGCUUGGUGCUGGGACGCGAAGAGGAACAAGAACCGAGGCAACGUGGACGGGGAGGCGCAGGAAUUGGGAGAAUGGAUGAGGAGAGCCUGCGACGCCUCCAUGCCGCGAACCAGCGCCGGGUCCAGGCGCGACAACAGCAGCGUCUACUGGUGGUCGCGGGAGAUCGCGGACCUGCGAGACGACUGCCACAGAGCCCGCAGGCUGCUCGCCAGGGCGAGAAGAAGAGGGCGGAACCGCAACGAAGAGGAGAUCCUCGAGAGGUACAGGGCCCACAGAGAAGCCAGAAUGGCCCUGCAAAGGGCCAUAAAGGAAGCGAAAGAGGCGUCGUGGAAACGGCUGUUGGAAUCCGUGGAAUCCGAUCCAUGGGGAAGACCGUACAAGACGGUGCUGAGAAAACUCAGGCCGGCGGCUCCCCCGAUAACCGAGAACAUGGAUCGGGAACUACUAGCACGGGUGAUCGACACGCUGUUCCCACGACCGGAAGAAGAAGGAGGCGAAGAGGAGGAAGACUCCCCGAGGCGCCAGGAGGAUACGGAACAGGCCCCUCCAGAGGAGAGGGGAUGCACUCGGAGCGGCGGCGGCGGACCGGCGAUGGAUCAACCCGGAGCGCACAUAACGAGGGAGGAACUGGAAGCAGCCACCAAGAAGAUGGCUGCCAAGGACGUGGCGCCGGGGCCGGACGGAAUCCCCGGGCGGGUGUGGGCGGAGACCAUGGACAUCAUGGCCCCCCGCCUGCUGCAUCUGUACAACAGGUGCCUGAGGGAAGGCGCAUACCCCCGGGCGUGGAAGGUGGCGAGGCUGGUGCUGCUGAGGAAGGAGGGUCGACCGCCGGAGUCCCCAUCGGCGUACAGGCCGAUAUGCCUCCUGGACGAGGUGGGCAAGCUCUUCGAGAGAGUAAUCGCCUCCCGUCUGGGGGCGCACAUGGAGUCCAGGGUACCAGGCUGGCACGACAACCAGUUCGGGUUCCGUCGCGGGAGGUCCACCAUCGACGCGAUCCGCAGAUUGAGAGAGGGGGUGGAGAGAGUGGUGGCUCGAGAAGGGAUCGCGAUAGCGGUCUCCCUGGACAUCACCAACGCCUUCAACUCGAUCCCGUGGAGCAAGAUCAGAGAGGCCCUGCGAUUCUUCGAGGUUCCGGGGUACCUCCGGAGGAUAAUCGGGGCAUACCUCCGGGAGAGGUGGAUAACGUACAGAUCCACGGAGGGAGAGGAGAGAAGAGCGGUGGAGCGCGGAGUGCCGCAGGGCUCGGUCCUGGGACCGAUGCUGUGGAUAACCGCCUACGACUACGUGCUCCGCACCCCGAUGCCCGGAAGCACGGGACUGAUUUGCUACGCGGACGACACCCUGGUCGUGGCAGGAGGGCGCUGGUGGUACGAGACGGCGGAGGCUGCCACGGAGGCCACCCGGCGAGCGGCGAGGGCCAUCGGAGAACUGGGGCUGAAGGUCGCUCCGGCCAAGACGGAGGCGCUCGGGUUCUACGACGGAAGACGCAGAGGACCGCCCCCGGAUGGACUGACGAUCGACGUGGACGGGGUAGGGGUCCGGGUGGGGAGCCAACUGAGGUACCUGGGCCUCAUCAUCGACGACCAAUGGUCGUUCGAGCCCCACUUCGAGAGCCUCGCCCCAAAGGUAGCGGCAGCGGCCAACGCCCUAUGCGGCAUCCUCCCGAACAUCGGAGGCGCCGGGAGAGCGGUGCGCAGGCUGUACGACGGGGUGGUCAGAGCCCGAGCGAUGUACGGUGCGCCCAUCUGGGCGAGGGAUCUGGCCGCGAGCAGGCGAAGUCAGACACUCCUGCGGGCGGUUCAACGCACCACCGCUCUGAGGAUAGCGAGAGGGUACAGGACGGUGUCGCACGCGUCCGCGACCGUCCUGGCGGCAUCCCCUCCAUACGCGUUGCAAGCCCUGGCCCUUCAAAAGGUGUACGGAGCCACGAGGGUCAGGGACGGGGAUCGAGACGAAGACCCUCUGCAGGUGAGGAAGGAGAUAGAAGAGGAGACAUGGGAGAGAUGGCGGCUCCUACUGGAGAAGGAGGCGAGGAAGACGUCCCACCGCGCGGUAGACGCGGUCCUGCCCGUCUGGGACAGGUGGAAGGAAGCGCGGGGCGUUCCGCUGACCUACAGGCUGACCCAGGUGCUCACCGGGCACGGAGUGUUCGGGGAGUUCCUGAAGAAGAUUCGAAAGGAGGUGACCAACAUCUGUCACCACUGCGGGGAGGCGGAGGACAACGCCCAGCACACUCUGCAGCACUGCCCCGCGUGGGCCAUGCAGAGACACACCCUGACGGUGAAGAUCGGGGACGACCUGUCCCCGAGGAGGAUCGUGGAGGCGCUGCUACGUAG